AUGAAAAUAUCUUUUCAAACUUCGCUUAUUGGCUUCAUUUUGGUCACAAUCUUUCUACUAGGAGUAGUGGUGUCUGCUCAGAAGGGAGGACCAAGCACAGAAAGAACUUGUACUGAAGCAUACCCAAACAAUACUGGAAAAUGUGAUACUAAGCAAUGUGAAGCCGAAUGUACCAAAAAGAGGCCAAAAGGGGUUGGUAUGUGCCUACCCAUAGGCAAAGGAGAUUUUCAAUGCAGAUGCUAUUAUAAAUGCCGUCGCUGA